AUGAAGUGUCUCCUGCUCGCCCUGAGUGUGGCCCUGGUGUGCGGCAGCCAGGACACCAACGUCCCCCAGAUCACGGGGGACCUGGACAUCCAGAAGGUGGCCGGGACCUGGUACUCCAUGGUCAUGGCGGCCAGCGACUUCACCCUGCUGAACACCGAGGGCGCCCCCCUGAGACUGCACCUCAAGGAGCUGAGGCCCACCCCCGAGGGCAACCUGGAGAUCAUUGUGCACAGAUGGGAGGGCAGCAGCUGUGUGGAGAAGAAGAUCUUUGCGGAGAAAACUGAGGACCCCACCCAGUUCAAGGUCAAGGACCCGAUGGGCGGCGCGGUCCAGGUGGUGGACACCGACUACGAGAACUUCGCGUUCCUGUGCAUCGAGGGCGCUGCCUCCCUGGAGCAGAGCCUGGCCUGCCAGUACCUGGCCAGGACCCCGAAGCUCAGCGAGGAGGCCAUGGAGAAGUUCGACAGUGCCAUGAAGCUGCUGCCCAGCCACAUCCAGCUCCACUUCACCCCGACCCGGGCGAAAGAGAGGUGCCUGGUCUAG